AUGGAUGCAAUGGUGCGGCCCAAAGACAGCGUAUCUGAGUCUGGUUCCCGAAGGACAAAAUAUUCCAGAUGCAGCUCUGUACAUUCCCAAGCUUCCGUGGAACGCCUAAAGGCUGAACUGGAAGAGGCCGCGCUCUCGGCGCAGGCAGCGGUGUUAAAGGAGAGACAGGAGAUUGAGUUCCAGGAGAUGCGUAUACGGGCUGACAAAGAGGACUUGGAGCUAAAGCUUGCCUUGGCCACUACCCAAGCUAAACUGAGGGUUUUGGACAUGCAUGAUGCGUCUGACACCGCACCCCAGUCCCCGCAGCCUGUGGUCGCCGCACCUCUGUCCCCGCAGCCUGACGCCGCUCCCCAGUUCCGGCCUUCCGACGCCGCUCCCCAGUUCCGGCCUUCCGACGCCGCUCCCCAGUUCCGGCCUUCCGACGCCGCUCCCCAGUUCCGGCCUUCCGACGCCGCUCCCCAGUUCCGGCCUUCCGACGCCGCUCCCCAGUUCCGGCCUUCCGACGCCGCUCCCCAGUUCCGGCCUUCCGACGCCGCUCCCCAGUUCCGGCCUUCCGACGCCGCUCCCCAGUUCCGGCCUUCCGACGCCGCUCCCCAGUUCCGGCCUUCCGACGCCGCUCCCCAGUUCCGGCCUUCCGACGCCGCUCCCCAGUUCCGGCCUUCCGACGCCGCUCCCCAGUUCCGGCCUUCCGACGCCGCUCCCGCCUCGUUUCCGGCCUUCCGACGCCGCUCCCCAGUUCCGGCCUUCCGACGCCGCUCCCCAGUUCCGGCCUCCCGACGCCGCUCCCCAGUUCCGGCCUUCCGACGCCGCUCCCCAGUUCCGGCCUUCCGACGCCGCUCCCCAGUUGUUCCGGCCUCCCGACGCCGCUCCCCAGUUGUUCCGGCCUCCCGACGCCGCGCCCCAGUUGUUCCGGCCUCCCGACGCCGCGCCCCAGUUGUUCCGGCCUCCCGACGCCGCGCCCCAGUUGUUCCGGCCUCCCGACGCCGCGCCCCAGUUGUUCCGGCCUCCCGACGCCGCGCCCCAGUUGUUCCGGCCUCCCGACGCCGCGCCCCAGUUUUUCCGGCCUCCCGACGCCGCGCCCCAGUUGUUCCGGCCUCCCGACGCCGCCCCAGUUGUUCCGGCCCCGACGCCGCGCCCCAGUUGUUCCGGCCUCCCGACGCCGCGCCCCAGUUGUUCCGGCCUCCCGACGCCGCGCCCCAGUUGUUCCGGCCUCCCGACGCCGCGCCCCAGUUGUUCCGGCCUCCCGACGCCGCGCCCCAGUUGUUCCGGCCUCCCGACGCCGCGCCCCAGUUGUUCCGGCCUCCCGACGCCGCGCCCCAGUUGUUCCGGCCUCCCGACGCCGCGCCCCAGUUGUUCCGGCCUCCCGACGCCGCGCCCCAGUUGUUCCGGCCUCCCGACGCCGCGCCCCAGUUGUUCCGGCCUCCCGACGCCGCGCCCCAGUUGUUCCGGCCUCCCGACGCCGCGCCCCAGUUGUUCCGGCCUCCCGACGCCGCGCCCCAGUUGUUCCGGCCUCCCGACGCCGCGCCCCAGUUGUUCCGGCCUCCCGACGCCGCGCCCCAGUUGUUCCGGCCUCCCGACGCCGCGCCCCAGUUGUUCCGGCCUCCCGACGCCGCGCCCCAGUUGUUCCGGCCUCCCGACGCCGCGCCCCAGUUGUUCCGGCCUCCCGACGCCCGACGCGCCCCCAGUUGUUCCGGCCUCCCGACGCCGCGCCCCAGUUGUUCCGGCCUCCCGACGCCGCGCCCCAGUUGUUCCGGCCUCCCGACGCCGCGCCCCAGUUGUUCCGGCCUCCCGACGCCGCGCCCCAGUUGUUCCGGCCUCCCGACGCCGCGCCCCAGUUGUUCCGGCCUCCCGACGCCGCGCCCCAGUUGUUCCGGCCUCCCGACGCCGCGCCCCAGUUGUUCCGGCCUCCCGACGCCGCGCCCCAGUUGUUCCGGCCUCCCGACGCCGCGCCCCAGUUGUUCCGGCCUCCCGACGCCGCGCCCCCCAGUUGUUCCGGCCUCCCGACGCCGCGCCCCAGUUGUUCCGGCCUCCCGACGCCGCGCCCCAGUUGUUCCGGCCUCCCGACGCCGCUCCACAUUCCCGGCCUUCCGUCACCCCAAGUACACGCCAGCUCGCAGGACAGCGCUACAGUGA